AUGGCGCUCACUGCCUCUGGAGGUGGCAAGUGGGAUCACUUUGAAGGAGAUGAGAAAUCCACCCUCGCCAGUGGCUGUGGGUGCGAGAUCAAGCCUCUCGACGGCGUGUGUCAUGUAGUGAUGUUACUGAGUCUGUAUGAAGGACUCUGGGCUGCACCCAACCCCCGACUAAAGCCUACAGACCCCCGGAUCGAGUUUGAUUCCAUUGUCAUCUUGGCCAGAAAUCUGCUAAGUGACACCAAGACCCUCUACAGCCACCUUAAAAAACACUUCCCAGCAGAAGGUGAACACAAGCUGGAAACCCUGCCAGUUUUAUCCAUGAAUGCUGUAGAACUUGCCAAUAUCCAGGUUUCUGCAGGUCUAGCCCGGCUCACCUCCGAUCUGCAAUGCUACCAACGGCAUUUUGAGUGGCUGAAGAAAGCAGCAACAUUGCUGCGGCCCAUGGAACACGACAUUGGCACAGUGCACACCCGGCUUGAACGCCUCCUUAAAAGACUGGAACAUCUGAUGACGAAGCUCAAUCUCACACUGCCCAAUGACCCUUUGCCAACUCUCCCGACCCACGGGACCCACUGGUCUGUUGUCCAGGCUGGACAUGCCAUUGUCCACUCAUUUCACCUUUAUCUAGACUGGGCAGCCCGAGUGUUGGUCUUGAUCCGGAACAAGUUGUGAAGAGUUGACAAACAAAACUGUCCAGGAUGUUUUGGAGACCUUCUUCACAGACCAGGAACUCUUAGCUGCAAAUUCCCUCUGGAGGAGGGCUCAAAGAAGGAAGGAAAGGCUAUGAGAUGGCAGCACCGGACUCCUCUUCUAGGGGGUGCUGUGAGGUGGGGAGAGAUAAGAUGUUGCCUACCCACUCACAACUUUUCUACAUUGUGGGGAUGUUGUGGAACAAGAGACGACUUCUCUGAUACUAUCAGAAUGAUCAUCUCAUCUUCUCCCUGCAGACUUGGAAAAAUAAUUGGGGAAAGCAUGCUACCCCUUCUUUCAAGGAUAUUU